AUGGUAGUGCUGCCGGAAGCUGGUCCACACUGUCGUAUGCCCAGCUGGGCAACGUUUGCGCUGCCAGACACAGAGCAGUCGUGGCUAGCAAUUGUGGUAGUAAAGUCGAAUGGUCCAUCACCAGUACCACGGACUCCACCCUGCCGCAGCCCGUCAGUGACGAGGUGCAGCUGCCACUCGACCAGCCAUUCAAACUCCUCCCCACGACACACUGAAGCAGCGACGGCACAGCGGGAAGAAUGGAAAAUGUUUAUAGCAGGCCCUGGCUGGGACACUACAAAGAAAAAUCUGAAGGACUACUUUUCCAAAUUUGGUGAAAUUGUAGACUGCACUCUGAAGUUAGAUCCUAUCACAGGGCGAUCAAGAGGUUUUGGCUUUGUGCUAUUUAAAGAAUCGGAGAGUGUAGAUAAGGUUAUGGAUCAAAAAGAACAUAAAUUGAAUGGGAAGGUGAUUGAUCCUAAAAGGGCCGAAGCCAUGAAAACAAAAGAGCCAGUUAAAAAAAUUUUUGUUGGUGGCCUUUCUCCAGAUACAACUGAAGAGAAAAUAAGGGAGUCCUUUGGUGGUUUUGUUGAGGUGGAAUCCACAGAGCUCCUCACGGACAAGAAGACCAAUAAGAGGCGUGGCUUCUGCUUUAUUACCUUUAAGGAAGAGGAACCGGUGAAGAAGAUAAUGGAAAAGAAAUAUCACAAUGUUGGUCAUAGGAAAUGUGAGAUAAAAGUAGCCAUGUCGAAGGAACAAUAUCAGCACCAGCAACAGUGAGGAUCUAGAGGAGGAUUCGCAGGAAGAGCUCGUGGAAGUGUUGGUGACCAGCAGAGUGGUUAUGGGAAGGUAUCCAGGUGAGGUGGUCAUCAAAAUAGCUACAAACCACACUAAAUUAUUCCUUUUGCAGUAGAAUAAUCCCCAGCAGGUGGUGAAGCAGUGUUUUCUAAUUUGAAGAUUCAUUUAACAGUGGCUCCUGCCACCACUAACAGCAGUUCAAGCUAAAUUUUUUGUAUCAAGUCCCCAAAUGGAAGUGUGGCGUUGGGUCCCUCUGAAGUUUAAUUCUGAAUUCUCAUUAAAAGAAAUUUGCUUUCGUUGUUUUAUUUCU